CUUUCAUGUCACUGCAGACUGACUUUUGGCUACCACCAUCAUACCAACAGCACCAGAGAAGCCAGAACAAUUUGAUUGGAAACAUGCAGUCUGCUGAGGCCAAGCUGAACAAAAGCUUCCUGCUCCUGGCUUUAAGGAGAUACAACACAGCUGUGCAAAACAUGGAGCACACCAUCCUCCUACCCAGUCUCUUAAGAGAUGUGCCAUCUGACUAUGUUGAAGACUGUGAUGCAGCAGAAGGGUCCUGUAAAGAUCUGUAUGACGACUAUCUCAUGGUGAAGGCCAUCAGAAACAAAGUGGAGAGUGGUCUGGUUCCCCUCGAUGAACUCAAGGAUAAAGCCCACGCAGAACUUCACACAACCCUGGGGCCGUUGCUGGAGGUAGAUCCUGAAGCCCUUUUCUACUUUCACCUUAGAGGGCUGUUCACUGUAAUGGGCUCUCUUACCAAAAAAUCCCAGAGCCUCACAACUAAGUACUUGGACAUCAUUGGAGUGGCAAACUAAACUACCUGCAAAAACCUCCAGUUUUAUGGAAAGAAACAAGCUGCCUUUGCAUUUUU